CCGCCCGCGCCCUAUGCUUGCUCCCGAACUCUCGUUCCCUGUCCUGGUUUCGCUUAACCAUCGUGAACUUGCAGCGCUUCGUCUAUUUACUCACUUACCCCAGGGGAGGAGAGGAGCGAUUGGGAUUUGUUGGGCAAGUGCGUGCUUUCCAAGGGGUCGGCACCAUGUCUUUCACCGGCACCCAGGACAAGUGCACGGCGUGCGACAAGACCGUCCAUUUCAUCGACCUUCUGACGGCCGACGGCGUCAUCUACCACAAGACAUGCUUCAAGUGCAGCCACUGCAAAGGGAUCCUCUCUAUGUGCAGCUACUCUUCCAUGGACGGUGUGCUGUACUGCAAGACCCACUUCGAGCAGCUCUUCAAGGAGACCGGGAGCUUCUCCAAGAAGUUCACGCCAGGUGGCAAAUCUUCAGACAAGGGUGAACUGGCAAGGGCCCCAAGCAAGCUAUCAUCUGCAUUCUCUGGUACCCAGGACAAGUGUGCAGCCUGCCAGAAGACAGUGUACCCGCUGGAGAAGUUAACCUUGGAAGGCGAGUCGUACCACAAGAGCUGCUUCAAGUGCUCUCACGGGGGCUGCAUCCUCACCACGUCCUCCUACGCCGCGCUCAACGGCGUCUUGUACUGCAAGAUCCAUUUCGCGCAGCUGUUCAUGGAGAAGGGGAGCUACAACCACAUGAAGAAGAAGAGCGCGUCCCAGGAGGUGUUGCCCGACGUGGUGGCCGAGGAGCAACCGGCGCCUCCUCAGGAAGAUGAGAAAGUAGAGGACAAUUAGGAGCAAACGAACAAAACGUACAACGGUCGCCGGAGUUUGUGUUUGUUAAUUUUGCAACGCUUAUUCCCUCCUCUUUUUUGGUUCUUCCUCUGCGAGCUUGGUUUGUCAAGCUGUAUGUGUAUCAAAUGCCUUGAUUACAUAUGAGGCUCAUUACAACGACAAUUUUGGCAUGGAGCUGUGACAACCUCACAGGAAAAUUGUAAUUUUGUAAGCAGACUACUACGUCGAAUUUGACCCUAACAGCAUUGUCCUUAU